AUGAACACUGGAGAAGUCAUUUAUACCGUGUUGGAAGUCCUCAUCGCAGUCUGCUGCUGUCUGGGAAACAUGUUGGUUGUUUUUGCUUUGUGGAAAACUAAAGGCAUCCGACAACCCACCUUCUGCCUUAUUGUGUCUCUGGCUGUGGCUGACUUUCUGGUUGGAUUUGUUGCCAUACCAAUGGCUGUGCUGCUGGAUGGACAUCUGGAGACUUCAUUCCACACAUGCCUCUUCAUCAGCUGUGUACUCAUCCUCCUGACCCUAGUUUCAAUCCUGUGUCUGAUGGCUAUUGCUAUUGAUCGUUUCCUGCGGGUCUAUAUCCCUCUGCGAUACAAACGGACUGUAACCUGGAAACAUUCCUAUUCUGUUGCAGCUGUAUGCUGGCUUGUUGCAGUACCACUGAGUUUUACUCCCAUGCUUGGAUGGCAUAAAGACCCACCUGACUCUGCUAAUUCUACAGUUGUUUGCCGGUUCAUAGAAGUGAUUCCCAUGUCCUACUUGGUUUACUUUAAUUUUUUUCUUUGCAACCUGAUGCCUCUGUUGGUGAUGAUUGUUUUGUAUAUAUUCUGUUUUAUUCAUGGAAGACUGAAAGAAAAACCUGGUAAUGGUGCUCAAAAUCAGUCACACAUAUACCUUCAGAAAGAAAAACAGCUUGCAUCGUCUCUGGCUCUGGUCUUGACUCUUUUUGUGGUUUCCUGGCUCCCUAUUCACAUUAUGAACAUCGUGGAUUACUUUCGUGGACCAGACACUGUACCAUACAAAACUUUCUAUGUUGGCAUUCUGCUUUCACACGCUAAUUCAGCUGUCAAUCCAGUAGUGUAUGCAUUUAAAAUAAAAAAGAUCAAGACAGCUUAUGUGAAGAUUUGGAGACAGUUUGUUCUGUGUUCAACAGAAACAGUUAUUUGUUGCCUUGCUCGCCAGACAACAGAAAACGCCAGCAGUAACAUGAGAAGUGGUGAAAACGACACAACGCCGAUCUAA